AUGAUCUUCUCUAUGAGAAGUAAUUUGUACUCGGCUUUGAAACCGAGAAUUGUCUCCUCCUUUAUGGAGCGAGUAUUGUUAAGCUCUGCAUUGAUGGCCUUGGCUCUAGUCUUGCGAGCAUUUUACGACCAUGUGGUCGUGGGUUUAAAGAAAGCUUCAUUCAAGUCUGCCUCUGUUCAAAGUUCAGCAAGUCAAAGUCUCGUGGAUUGGAUUUUGAUUGUUGCAGUCAUAGUGCUUGGUGGUGUUGCUUCAGGCAAUGAAUUUAGAUACUGGAUGUUGUGUUCAGGAAAUUCUGCCUCCCUUAAAGGAAGAAUCAACCCUAUGUGGUAUUUCUGA